AAACCCUCUUCUUCUUCUUCUUCAGAUUAUGAUCUUUCUAUAUCCCUCUUGCUCUACGAUACCUGUCUCAAAGAUUAAAUCCAAUAACUGAUAAAUAAUUAUCUAAGAAAAAAAGAAGAAAAAAAAUGGGAAGGGAAAGAGAGGUUCCAAAUAAAUCAGAAAAGGAAGGAAUCUCAUACACAGUGGAGCAGCUGGUUGCCGUCAAUCCCUACAAUCCUGACAUCCUCCCUGAUCUCGAAAACUACGUUAACGAACAGGUUUCGUCGCAAACAUACAGCCUAGAUGCAAAUCUUUGCCUUCUUCGCCUCUAUCAGUUUGAGCCGGAGAGAAUGAGCACCCAAAUUGUGGCUCGCAUUCUUGUUAAGGCACUCAUGGCAAUGCCAGCUCCUGAUUUCAGCCUUUGUCUCUUUUUGAUUCCGGAACGAGUGCAAAUGGAGGAACAGUUCAAGACACUGAUUGUUCUCUCACAUUAUUUGGAGACAGGAAGGUUCCGUCAAUUCUGGGAUGAAGCUGCUAAGAGUCGCCACAUAGUUGAAGCUGUACCAGGUUUUGAGCAAGCAAUCCAAGCCUAUGCAAUUCACCUGCUUUCUUUGACUUAUCAAAAGGUCCCUAGGUCUGUGCUGGCAGAGGCAAUCAACAUCGAAGGUCUAUCCUUGGACAAGUUCCUAGAACAGCAGGUGGCCAAUUGUGGUUGGAUAUUGGAGAAGAGCCAUGGGCGGGGACAACUCAUUGUCCUACCAAGUAAUGAAUUUAAUCAUCCUGAGCUUAAGAAGAACACUGCAGAUAGCAUUCCUUUAGAGCAUGUUGCCCGCAUCUUCCCCAUUCUUGGUUGACCCCUUUCGAGGGGCUAGGGAUUUUUUAUUUGGUUCCUCUUUUCAGCAAAAGCUCUGGGACUCUAAGUUGGGCUGCCACUACUAGCUCUCAGUAACUCUGCAUAGAUGUUAAAUCAUUUUGGUGCUGCGGUAACCAGUCCCGUGGCUUGUUUGUUCAGUAUAUGGGAUUUAGUCCAAACAUCGGAGCGCGCAAUUGAUAAACCUUGUAAUGAAUCUUCUCUCUUUUGCAUGUGUUGUGCCCUGGAUGCAGAACUUUGAUUUAGAUUUUAACAAUACAAUGCAAUUUUGAACCCAAUUGCAACCAGUUCUCGUAUUGUAAUUCAAAAACUAGAAUUUGACCUGAGUGGAUGGCAACUUAGUGGUUCUUUUGGCACUUUGAGAA